AUGGCUUGCGGUAAGACUCGCAACCAGCAAAUGUGGGCUAGCGCCAACGCGCACCGCCACGAGAAGACUUUGCACAAGCCCAGCAAAGUGUAUUGCGAGGCUUCUCCCGCUCCCGUACACAACCGCAGUGAGAUCCAACCUACCAUAAUUACCGUGCCUGAAGAGCCAAAGCUCUUCAAGCUCAAGUGCAAAGUCAAAAUUGCUGAAGAGGAGGUUGUGCAAGCGAAGAAAAAGUGGCAAUACGCAAAAGCGGCCUGCUUCUUGCCAGGCAUUAGUGGGGAUUAUGAGCGCACGUUCAAGCGCAGGGAAAUUGAGCUUGGCACCUGCCUGAAAAAUGCGGAGGCCAACCUUGGCCGGCUCAAAGCUUUGGUGCGCCGUCGCAAGGCUUUCUUGAAGCGCGCUUCUCCUACUGCUGAGCUUGGCAUCUGCCUGGAAGACGCGGAGGCCAACCUUGGCCGGCUCAAAGCUUUGGUGCGCCAUUGCAAGGCUUUCUUGAAGCGUAUUUCCGUGAUUGCUCGCUAUGAUUUCCUCUCGGAAGUUGGUCAGCCUGAAGACCUCAAGCAGCGCAAGUCUGCGUGGGAAAGCCUCUUUUACGCGCUGAAGGGUAAAUUGAUGCCCACUGCUCCUGCAACGAGGGGUAGAAAAGCAGCAGAUGGUACCUCGGCCCAGGAGAACGGCGGAAGUAUGCAGGGUACCCCUUCAAUCUGGAUGGACGUGAUCGGCAGCUUCUACCUCGUGCUCGUCCUUGACAAGUCCGGCUAACGCUGUAUUUUGAGCUAAGGGCUGGAGGUCAACAGUGCCAACCUUUCUUGGGCCCAGCAAGACGGUGCAGGCAGAUUCAUCCGAAAGCGACGGUAGAUUCGUCGUGGUGGCUCAGCAUCAGUGUGUCGCUGAAUCGGGUUUUGAUCGAGAGCUGAGAUCACGGCCUUGGACCUUUGUGCGAUGGAGAUAGAGAGCCCGUGUAUCUCGCACCAUGCCAUAUAAACGUCACAUGCGGCGGCAACGGCAUUUGUCGUAUGCGAGCCAUUCUGGGCAGGUUCGAGCGGGUGUGCCGCGAAGCUCGGGAGUUGCCCUUCACCGAGCCACAUCACGUCGUAAACCACCGUCGUGAUGAAGAGCGUUUGCGGAAUGCCUCAGUCGGCUCAUGCGAUGGACUGUACGAUGUUGCCGCGAAGCUCUUGCGCAUCGAAGAAGCCCAAGCGGUAGGAUGGGUUACGCCGCAACGAGAUCGGUC